AUGGAGGCCAACUUCACUGAACUUUUGUCGCGUCACACGACACUGGAAGAAGUGCAAGCAUAUGUCCUGCUCAGGCAAUCAACUCUCAGCGCAGAAGAUAAAAAGAGAAUUCUCCUUGAACACGAGGGUGAACUCAAGUACAAGCCAGUGGUGAAAUCGUUUCGUUUGCUGGGCAGCCGCUUUUUCAAUGAAUUUCAGACCGGAAGAACCAAUCAGCGAACCAAAGUGUACGAUGCCAAUUUUCUGGAUACUUCGGAAUCUCAUGAUGCAGCUUCCUCACAUGAUGCUGGAACCUAUGAAAGAGCGUAUUUCACCCAUGCUAGUUCUGAUGAUGCCGAGCCAGAGCUGGAUCAAGAGUUCAUAGAUGCCUUGGUGGCCCAGGACGAUGCAGAUGCCAUGACCGUGGCCACCUUCGAAGGCGAGUUCGAGGAGUUCUUGCAGGACACCCCGGAGAUGUUUGAGGCCUUGACCACCUACAUCGAGGCGCGAUCCAAGUUGAUUGAAAAGAAGAAAUCAAGGGGAUUUUGGCCUGUUAAGGGAAAGAAUAAACAUGGCAAAGGCAAGGGUAAGGGCUUUGGAAAAAGAUCCAAAGACCGUGAUGCAUUGCUUCAGAAGAUUGCUCGUAGCCACUGCCGCCGCUGCGGUGCCCUUGGGCACUGGAAAGCGGAAUGUCCGUUAGCUAGUGGUGCCGAGAAGUCCAAUGCCCCGCCUUCGACAGCAUCAGCCAAUGUGGUGAUGGAUGAACGUCCUCAGGAGGUUUUUGCCACUGCAGGUGAUGUCAAUGAGGUGUUUUCCGAAGAUGAUGAUGAAGCAUACGUGAUGCCCUCCGUUGAAACCAGUUUGCAGUUCAGGUCAUGUCAUGCCGAGUGUUUCGUGUUGACUCAUGAGUGCAAGAGCCUAGGUAUCAACAAUUUGAGCCAACGCAUGUCCAGUUUCAAUUCCAAGAGGGUCCAAGGUUUCUCUAAGAAGUCCCAAGAUACACAUGCUCCGACAGAAUCCAAGAGAUUUCAAACGCUGCCUAGGAAAGCCACUGAUGACUCUUCAUCAGACCAAGCUCCUGUGGCCAGCCGGUCAUGUCGUUUUUCUGAGACUUUUGCAUCCGAGCAGGUGUACAGUAGCCUAGAGACCUUCUGCACUCAUGCGAUCUUAGAUACUGGAGCAAGCCGUUGUAUCAUAGGAGACCGCACUUUGAAGAGGCUGCAGAAAUCUCUUCCAACAGAGAUUAGUGACCGUUUUCGCAAGCAAGACAGCCAGGUGAAGUUUCGUUUUGGAAACAAUCAGUCACUGACCAGCAUGUAUGCCAUUCAGAUACCAUUGAAGCACAAGGAACAGAAGAAACUGUGGCUGUCCGUAGAAGUGGUUCCCGGAGCCACCCCAUUUCUUUUUUCCAAGAAAGCUUUCAAGAUGCUGCAUGGCUCGCUGGACUCUCGAACAGAUCAAUGCUUCAUGCGAAAAGUGCAAGAGGGUCCCAUCAAGCUUGUGACCAGCCCAACAGGUCUGUAUCUCAUCAACAUGAUCGACAUUUGUGUUCGAAGUGAAACUGCACUGUUCCAAGAGCCUGCCAAUGACAUUCCUGUCAACUCAGCCAUCAUUCACCUGCUGACCUUGCUCCUUCAGAUCUUUGUGCAUCAGUUGGAAAAGCAAGAAGUGAUCACCGAGACGGAGAUCGAAACAGAUCCCCAGAUCUAUGGACAACUGCAAGAGAUGAUGAACCAAAUCAAUAUGCAGAAGACGGCAUUGGAGAAUCUCAAGGACGAGCUCAUGGUCCAAAAGAAGCCCAACGAACGCAAGAAUCGUGGACCCACCAUGGGAGCAGGUCCAGGUGCUUCCGAGAUCGAGGAGGUGGUGAUUCAACAAAACAUCCAGAUGACCCCAGUGAACGAGCCCAACAAUCGUGGAGCUCCACCAGUUCCCACGAUGCCACUUCCGGGAAAUUUGACUCUGGAAGAAUGGGGGAGCAAUGUGAUCUCUUUUGGGCGAAAGCACAAGGGGAAGUCCUUCGAAGCAGUCAUGCGCCAGGACCCCGGGUACUUCCACUGGAGCCUAGCUCGGUACUCGAGCCUGAUGCCGGAGCAGCAAGACUUCGUUCGGUUUGGACAGCUCUGGAUGACGAGAGGAAAAAGAGCCAAGUUCUAA